UCUGAGCGAAUUACACAUGAACGUCUGCUUUCCAUUGUUUUCAAAAAUGUUAUAUCUGAGUGAUUAAAUAGUAACAAAGUAUCAUACUGUAAAUUAAUAUUAUAGAAAAGCUUUUGCGCUAGAGGGGAACAUUCGAUACUGUACUAAUGAACUAAUUUAUAGGAAUGUGACAGACGGGGUCAAAACUGAGUGCCAAUGAAAACGAAUGCAUCAACUACGUCAACUGCACUGGACAACAAUUUUUUAAACAGGCUCACCACAUUUUCGUAGUUACCAAUUUGACGUAUCGUCGAAAACAAGUGACGUUUUUUUUUCAUAGAAUGGUGUGGCUCGGAGUUAAAAAUAAGAUAUGACAUCGUUAACAAGCCAUGUUUAUGUGGAUCAGCGAGAUAAUGCUGAUAUAACACCAUAUGAGAAUGAACGGUUGUCACUUGUUGAUGAAAACCUGUCACAUAUGCCUUAUAAUGUGGUUGACAGUUAUGGAAUACUUUUGAAGAUUCUUGAUCUUACUCGUAAUAAAUUCAAGAAUCUGGACUUCUUGUCAGAAUUUCCUAACCUUACCUCUUUGAUCUUGGACCGUAAUGAGCUGGAUUCAGAAACUAUACUUCCACAUCUGCCAAAUCUCCAGCUUCUUUGGCUGAAUUAUAAUAAGGUAGAUGAAUUAUUCCCAUUCAUACGAAAUCUACAGAGAAGCUGCCCUAAUCUGAGAUUUCUUAGUAUGAUGGGAAAUCCUGCUGCUCCAAGUUACUUGAAUGGUGGAACAGUGUAUGAACAUCUUCAAUACAGAUUGUUUGUAAUAUCCUGGUUUCCUCACCUGAUUCACAUGGAUGAUCGAUACGUGACGAUUCACGAAAAGAAGGAGGCGAACAGAUUAUUCUGUCGACCCUUUUUGGAACGUUUAGCAAUGCGUGGUGGAGUGUUUGAUACUAUCAGUUCAGUACUGCUAGCUAUAGAGAGGUACUUCCAUAGAGGCCACAACCGCAGCACUGUCAUUUGAAGUGUGUAUACCAGUAAGUGGGAACUGAAGAUGAUAACAAGUUUUAUUUCAUUUAGGGAAAACAUGAUUUGUGAUCCCUCGGUGCUUGUUUGCAGUCCAUUUUCUUUGUAAUGCUAUGCACAAGGCUGUAAAUAAUGAUUCAUUUCUGCAACAAAAGGAAUCUCAGUUGAUGUUUACUGUACUGACUUUAUGCCUAAAAAAAAAAACUAUAAGACUAUCCUUAAAAUCAAAUGACUGGAUAAAGAAUACAGUUGUUGCUCAAACUGACAGGCAUUAGCAGCAGUUCACAUGAUAUGUCUUUAUCUCCAAAUCUGAAUUGACUGUUCGUCUUUCCAUGUCUAGUUUUCAUUCCCAAAUGUUACCAAUAAACUGUAUGGAUAAAAACCUUUUGCUGUUAAAGAUUUUGCCAGCAGUUUGAAUUGAAGUGUGUAUUUCACUGUUAUCAUUCCGUGAAAAGAUUUGUUGUUACUGUUGUUGCACAGUGUAUUGUUGUUGCUCAAGUAAUUAUGUUAUAAGAGGAGGCAAUGAACCUUUUUAAUUUUUUUUACUAAAAUCUGUGUACACAAGCUUUUGAAAACAUUUUUUUAAUAAAAGGAAGAAAUUAAAGAUUAA